UUACGUAAGGACGUUCGACUUCCGUGGAGCCCAGGUGAGAAAGGCCCACCUGUGUCCUGGUUGAGGGUCUUCAGGGUUCUUUGGGGCCAGAGGUAAAGUGUAUAGCAGAGAUACUGUGAAGGCUCUCCUGGACCUGCUGGUAUUCCAGCUGCAUGAUUGAAGGAAUGAAUACUAAAGUCAUACCUACACAAAGGGAAUUCCUCAACCUGUGGAUUCCUGAAAUCAUGGAUCACCCACAUACGCUUUGAGACAUGCUUCAUUUUUUUUUUACUGGAAGCCCUGUGACUUCCCUAAAAAUUGAAUGAAUUAUAGAACAGAUUUACGGCCAAUGGUGGCAGAGUCUACAUAGAACUAUGCUUCGUGGUGUUCUGGGGAAAACGUUUCGACUUGUUGGCUAUACUAUUCAGUAUGGCUGUAUAGCUCAUUGUGCUUUUGAAUACGUUGGUGGUGUUGUCAUGUGUUCUGGACCAUCAAUGGAGCCUACAAUUCAAAAUUCAGAUAUUGUCUUUGCAGAAAACCUUAGUCGACAUUUUUAUGGUAUCCAAAGAGGUGACAUUGUGAUUGCAAAAAGCCCAAGUGAUCCAAAAUCAAAUAUUUGUAAAAGAGUAAUUGGUUUGGAAGGAGACAAAAUCCUCACCACUAGUCCAUCAAAUUUCUUUAAAAGCCAUAGUUAUGUGCCAAUGGGUCAUGUUUGGUUAGAAGGUGAUAAUCUACAGAAUUCUACAGAUUCCAGGUACUAUGGACCUAUUCCGUACGGACUAAUAAGAGGACGAAUCUUCUUUAAGAUUUGGCCUCUGAGUGAUUUUGGAUUUUUACGUGCCAGCCCUAAUAGCCACAGAUUUUCUGAUAAUUAGUAAGCAUUUAUUCUUUUGACUUGUCUCCUGUUAAUGUGAAUUUAUUACUCCUGUUGAAACCAUGUACUUACCAAUAAACUAUUUGCUAUUCA